AUGGGCAGCAGCACAGCCUCCGACAAGACGAUCAACACCAGUACGGAUUCUGCCGCAACCGCCCUCACCUCAGUCACCGGUACCGACGACUCCAUGGACGCUGAGGCGGAUCCCCCGGAGAUCCAGCAUCAGCCACCGAGCCUCAUCGACGCCGACCCUACCCCACCACAAACCCAUCCAAACCCCCCAAGCACAGCACCGCCCCAUUACCAUCGCGCACAUAACAGUUGCGAUAUUGAUUCACCGGCUUUUACUAAGCCCCAGUCGGCCACAGACGUUAUAGAAUCACCCAGAGCGGGUCCAGCCAGAUUUGUCUUCGAUGUACCUCUGCCUGAACCAAAAAGAAAUGAAACGAAAUCUAGAAAUAAAAUCCAAGUAAACCAGACAAGCGGGCCGUCCACGUCGAUUCAAAUUCCCUUCGACCCUAAGUUAGAGCCCCCGAAAAGUCCAAAAGCGAGCCAAACGAAAUAUGAAACACAUUUCAUAUUUGAGCCAGAGCCAGCGAAGAGGCGGGGAAGCGAGUCAAGGGUGAAGAACAAGCAAAAAGUGGACAAGCAGGAAUAUUAUAAAGAUGAAGUGGCCAAGUUAAGAAGGCAGCUCGAAGGGACAGAAGUUUUCACCACCUCUCGACGACGUUCUUCAGCGCAUCAGCAUUCCGUUCCGCCUCCUUCUUCUAGAAGACAAUCUACAGCCGCACAAGUCCACGUGACAGCGAAUCCCCUCGACUCUGCCACCACCACAAUACCCGCGGGGCGGACCACCAUAGUGGUGCAACAACCCUCACUGUCUCUCGACUAUGGAGGUUGCUCCACGAUCCUCGUCCGCGACGGCGAGGACUCUGGAAGACGGAAGAGCAGAGUCUGCAGUGAUCACAUACAGCAACUCCUGGAUGUCACCAGCCAGUUUACUUCGGAAGACCUGCAUGAGUUUGAUAAAAGGUACGGCAGUCCCCAUCAUUCCCGCUCGCAGUCAGUGAAGGCAGCCCGUUCGAGGACUGGCGAGAGGCAGCUGCUUGGGCUUCCUCAGCAGCGAGCCCGUGUCGCGUCCAUGCCCAACACUGGCGUGGAGGAGGAGUAUUACAGACUUCGACAUUUUAGCAUUACUGGCAAGGGAGUCGUCAAUCGAGGAGAUUCCCUACGCUCCAGACGGUCGCGGUCUAACACGUCGGUGGCGUCGAGUGCUUCCAGCACCGAAGCUGUGACCAGAGCUUCCGCACCUUGCUCUUUGGCUUCGUCCAGGGAUUCUUCAGCUGGUCUCAGCACGUACCGAGUGCUGGUUCUGGGAGCUCCAGGCGUGGGCAAAUCAAGUCUUAUAGGGCAAUUCAUGACGUCCGAAUAUUUGCACGCAUAUGAUACCAGCAUUGAUGACGAAUCAGGAGAGAGAUCAGUGUGCGUACUGCUAGCGGGAGAAGAGUCUGAGAUCACGUUCCUAGAUUCACCUCCCGAGCCUAUGAUUUCCGAUGGCUGCGCGCAUGGUUACUGCGUGGUAUAUUCGACGGCAGACCGUGGCAGUUUCGCGGAGGCCGAGAAAAGGUUGCAGGCUCUAUGGGCGGCGGGACACACUUCCCGCCGCGCUGUCAUACUUGUGGGCAACAAGGCCGACCUCGCACGCUCCCGUGUAGUGCCUACAGACGAGGGCAAGACUCUCGCGACGUCAUACGAAUGCAAAUUCAUCGAGACGUCGGUGGGAAUCAAUCACAACGUGGACGAGUUGCUGGUUGGUCUACUGACGCAGAUUCGUCUUAAGCAGCAGCACGCUGAGAGAGUCAGGAAACGUAGUGCAACACGCAAGCCACGUGGACGCGCGCGCUCUCCGGCUGAAGGCGAACCCCCUUCGGCUGCCUCCACCCCGAGGAAACGAACGCGUCUCUCAGCUAGUGUAAAGGUCCGCGGUCUGUUAGGCCGUGUAUGGGCCCGCGACUCCAAGUCCAAGUCGUGCGAAAACCUGCACGUCCUCUAG